GAGAGGUUCCACCGGGGAAAGAGGAAUUGUUCUUGAACAUGGGGUCCGUGCAUUUGCAAAGACUGCGUGGGAUCCAGGUCCCCAGAAUGCUCUGAUGUCAUCAUUCAGGUCAGAGAACCCCCGCUGGGGGCUGGGUGACCUUUGAACCUUAACAGCCCUGUGCUGAAGCAGGCACUGGGCGGUGUUGCUGGUUCUCUGUGUGGUUUGAGUUCCUCAGCCAUUUAGGACACUCGACAAUUUUUAUUCCUUUCGGGUUACCUCAGCGAAUUUCCUGAGAGUCAAGGGGGGCCAGCCAGUAGGGAGAAAGAGGAGCUGGGUGUUAGGCAUCUUCUGAGCAGCUCCUGUCACCGAUAUCAUGAAACAGCGACAGAAGAGGAAACAUCUAGAAAGUGUAGAGUCCCCGGAAGGUGCCCAGCAGGGAGGAGGGGUCUCAAAGUCACAGGAGGAUGCUCCUCAGCUUGAAUCAACUGGGGUGGCCAAAAGUUGGGACACGGCGGUGGGAGAGGUGUCCUCUGCCUCUGAAUACUUCUCCUGUGUCUCUUCUCCACGCAAGCUCAUCUGUGUUGGACUCCGGCGAGUACCUCAAGACAGUCCCCAGCCUAGAUCACCCCUAACCCAGGUUCAGGAACAAGGGGAGACUGCCGCCCCCUCACACCGAGUCUCUUCAUCCCCUUCGUCCUAUAAAACCUGUGUGUCCUUUCUGCACACAAACAAAGAGGAAAAGGGCAUGAAAAUAUACUACAUGCAGGUACAAAUGAAAAAGGGCGUAGCUGUCUCCUGGGAGACCCAGGAGACCUCGGAGUCACUAGAAAAGCAGCCAAGGAUAGAAGAAGUGACCCUUCCUGAGGACGUGCAGGUAGGGACUCCCCCCUCUGACGUGUCCACCAGAAACCUGCUGUCUGACAGUGAGCCCAGCGGGGAGGAGAAGGAGCAAGAGGAACGGGCAGAGUCCGACAGCCCACCCGGGUCGCCCGCGGUUGAGGAGAGACCCAGGGCCAAGACCCCCGACUGGCUGGUGACCAUGGAGUCCGGUUACAGGUGCAUGGCCUGCUGCCGGGUCUUCUCCACCCUGGAGCUCCUCCAGGAGCACGUGCAGCAUGGCAUCUGGGAGGGUUUCAGCUGCCACGUGUUUCACCUCACCAUGGCCCAGCUGACAGGCACCGUAGAAGGAGAAGGCACCUGUGAGGAGGAGAAGGAUGAGAAGGGGGAGGAAGAGCAGGAGAGGCGGGAGGAGGAAAAGGAGAAGGAGGACGAGCGGUCCCCGCAGGAAGACCUCAGCCCAAAGCGACCUUGGAGCCAGUGCCCAGGCUGUGUGUUCCAUUCUCCAAAGGACAAGAACCACCGAGAUUCGUGAGCCAGAAGAUCCCGGAAGAUGGCGUUGCCUUCUCUUGGGAGAGGGAGAAGACAGGACCCUGGGGAGAGUAGCAUACAGGAUGCCAAUGAUGUGAGGGAAGACGAAGGAACCAGCGCUCUGUCUAGCAUCACAGGACCGUAUAAAUGUCUUAUGCAAUAAAGGCUGUUUUCCAAACCUCA